GGACUGGUAUUACUUGGUGAGAUGCCUCCUUCUGACCAUGUAUUAGGUGAUUCAACCCAUAGUCUUAGUGUCGACUUCAAGCUGGAGCCUGGAAUUGACAGACUGGGCACUUACAUCUCCCAGCCAUCAGAGAAACUUUGUAUAUCCAUUAGUAAUACCCAAGAGAGUCUACCUGCUAAAACCUAUAGAGUGCCAAGACCAUUCAACGGAGUCAUUAACACUCUACAGACAAGCUUGACAGAACAUAGUCAGGGAGAUGGCUCAGAUGCUGAGGAGCUGUUGCAGAAAAAGCAGAGAUUAAAUGCGGUGUCUUCAGCUCUCAAUGGAACCUGUGUGGCAGCCCGCACGCGCCCUGUCAUCAGCUGCAAGAAACGGCGGCUUGUUCAACCCAACAGUCUGGUUCCACUAUCCAAAAAGGUUCAUCGUAACAACAUGGGGCAGUGUGGCUGUGAUGUGAACCCUUUGUGUGCUUUCUGUGCUCCUCGAAGCUCAUUGCCUCCAGAAAUCCAGUAUGAAGCCCCUUUGAUGGAGCAUCUCUCACAGUUGGAUUUCUGCAUCCACCCUGAACUUUCAUUCCCAGAUGAUGUACCAGUGAGCUUACACCUUCAGAGCAUGUUGAAAUCCCAGUUGCAGAACAAGCCCUGUGAGAAAAUUAAACCUCCCAAAAAGCUCACAUUGAAGCAUCGACCCACUGUGCCUCCCAGCAGUCUCUCUGACUCAGCAUGCAAACACCGUCACAAGCUGGUUAAUACCUUUUUAGCAGCAGCCACUUGCUCACAUCACAAAAUCGAGCCAGACAAGGCACACAGGCAGCCCUUAAACGAUGUGAGGGCUGCCCCCAAGGUCGAGAGAGCGCCAGAGCGCUCACUUAUCCUGACGGCAGUUCAUGAAAGAAAGCGAUUGCAGGACAGCUCCAAGAGAAGUGAAGUGUUGAAGCAUCAUCCAGAGAUUGGAGGCCCAAGUUAUUUGUCAAGCUCUAUGGCCUCCACAGCUCAUAGUCCACUCAUGCGACAGCUCUCUGCUUCCUCUGAAAAUUCCAUCCCUCCUGUCACCACAUACUCCCUGGGAAGCUCCAUUGCAGCUCAGCAGCCAAGGAGGAGAAGAGGGGAAAGCUCUUUUGACAUUAACAACAUUGUCAUACCAAUGUCUGUUGCUGCAACGACCAGGGUAGAAAAACUUCAAUACAAAGAAAUUCUUACACCAAGCUGGUGUGUUGUGGAUGUUGGUGCUCUGAAGGUGAAUCCAGAUGAAGACACUGAAGAGAUAGAGAAUAUGUCUGAUGCAGCCUUUGCCACUCUCCAUGCUAGGUGUGAGGAAAUGGAGCGAGCCAGGUGGCUAUGGAACACAAAUAUGCCACCACAGCGGCGAGGUAGCAGGUCUUACAGGUCUACAGAUGGACAAACAAUCCCUCAGUUGGGGAACCCAUCUACCCCACAGCCAGCCUCACCUGAUGUUGGAAACUGCUAUCAGCAUUCUGAUUUCUCCCAUAUAUACUUUCCAUGCAGCCCCAUCAGCCCUGACCUGUUCUCUGGUCCUCAUACCCUUUUGUCCCGAGACUCCAUGCGGCAUCUGUCCAUGGAGGACAUGUGCUGCUCCACACCAGACUCUGGCCUUGAUGAACAGACUGUACAGCCCUGGGAACGACGCAGUUUCCCACUGUCCUGCAAUCCCAAGACAGAGCGGGAGGACCAGUCAGAAGCACAGGACCAGUCAUCACAUUGCACAUGGCGCACAUCUGGCAGCAAGCCCUCCCAAGAAGCAGACACUGCCUCCACCUCACCUUCCCUUGCUUGCCUCAAGAGCCAGAAUUCAGGGGCCAUAGCCAUGGUUCAGCGGCCAGCCCACAGAUAA